GCAAAGGCCCCGCGACAUCCAGAGCUGUGCAGAGGAGAGAGGCUGGCUCAGGUUUCAGAGACGCACACUGACGGCUGACCUGCGGCACAUUGUGGGAUCGCUCAGAGGAGAAGCAGCGAAUGGGUCAAACGGAGCGGAACGCUGAGGAACCAGAGUCCGUCCCUGUGAAGCAGCAACAUCACUGACUCAUUGACGACAAUCUACACAAUGUAUUGUAGUCUAACGUCAAUGCAGUUGCUCAUCUGAGUAGUUUGGAUAUCGUUUGAAGAAGAAGAAAAGACAACUGCUAAACUUUUCCUAAGAGAGAGACAGCCUCUCACACUCUCCAACAUUACAGGUCGACAGGAUCCUUCUUCUCCUGCUCUUCGCCUGAUGAAUAUAGGGAUUCCUGUGUGGAUAAAACCAAAGUUAGUGUAAGUGUAAAAUGGAUGAGGAUCAGAAGUGGGGAGUCGUUGGUAAACCUGGUGAGGAGAGGAGGACUCGCGGCGAGCAGCAGCAACAUUCAAAACAGCCUUUAUGGAAAAAUUGGAAAGAGUUGUCAGGCGUAACGAUUUGCACUGCAGUAUCUCUUCUGUGCCUUGGAGUUUGCAUCGUGGUUUUUGUGCGGAGCUCGGAGUUGCAGUCCAGGAUAAUAAGUCUGGAGCAGCAGCAGCGGGACGCCUGGAUGUUGUCUCUGGAACAGGUGGAGCCCGUUAUCCUGGGCCAACUGGACCAGAUCCUGGAGGAGAAGCUUGCAGCGCGACUACCGAAGACACGAGAGGUGAGGGAGGCUCCCCACAGCUGCCUGUGUCCACCAGGACCUCCAGGUCCUCCUGGACGAUCAGGCUUUCCGGGAGCACCAGGCGAGCCAGGUCUGUCUAUCAUUGGCCCAAGAGGACCUCCUGGACAACCUGGAACAAGAGGAUUUCCAGGCUUUCCAGGUCCAAUUGGGUUGGAUGGCAAGCCUGGACAGAACGGACAGAAGGGAGAUAUGGGUCAGCGUGGUCCUAAAGGACUCCUAGGGGAGCCUGGACCCAAAGGGGACAAGGGUGUAUGUGGAGACUACACACACCGGAUGUUGCCCAUCACCGUGCGCAACAUGCCCUCAAUAAGCCCUCUAAUCCUAAAACGCCUAAAGCAGGGCGAGCCUGGAGCGCAGGGACCCCCGGGACCCCCCGGACUUCCAGGGACCCCAGGCCUAAAUGGAGCCAGUGGCACAACGGGUAAGCCUGGUGAACCAGGCAAACCAGGAAAAGACCCAAGGCUUUUACCAGGACUGAAGGGUGAGCCAGGUGUGCCAGGACAAAAGGGGGAUCGAGGUGAUGUUGGCCCACUAGGUCCUGAAGGCUCAAAGGGAGUUAAGGGAGACCUAGGAAUUAAGGGAGAACCAGGAAUCCUGGGCACUCCUGGGUUAAAGGGCCAGGCUGGCAUCCCUGGUACCCCUGGCAUCCCUGGCAAGAGGGGCUACAGGGGUGAGAGGGGACAGUCGAGCAUUGCUGCCCAGAGAAUUAAAGGAGAACCAGGUUCCCCAGGACUACCAGGCCUAAUAGGACCCAAGGGUCCUCCAGGCCCAACUGGGGAGCCAGGAAAGGCUGAAAUCCACAACAAUGAAAAUGAUAUUCGCAACAUACCUCUAAUGGGCCCCCCUGGAUUACCUGGACCUUCAGGGAUUCCUGGACUCCCUGGAACCAAGGGUGAAGUUGGUCUGCCAGGUCCUCCAGGACUGGACGGAGAUAAGGGACCCAGGGGGAAGCCUGGAGAGCUUGGUCCUGUGGGUCCAGCCGGUCUUGAAGGUCCCAGAGGAGAGGGUGGUGUCAUGGGCUUUUCGGGACCCAGAGGAGACAAGGGAGAUAUGGGUCCAUCUGGAUCACCUGGUCCUAAAGGUGAACUUGGACAAGGAGGAAGGUCAGAAAUGAUCUAUGGUCCUCCAGGGCCACCAGGACCUUCAGGACCAGUUGGCCCAGCAGGAUCUCAAGGGUUUUUAGGGCCUAAGGGUGAACCAGGCAUAGGCAUUAGAGGAGAAAAGGGAGCGAUGGGUCACAAGGGCGACAAGGGAGACAGAGGCCAUCUCGGACUCCCCGGUCUAAUAGGACCAUCAGGUGUGCCAGGGCCAGCAGGACCAAAGGGAGAGAGAGGUGAACAAGGAGAUGCAGGAUUACCAGGACCACUCGGGCCUCAGGGCAUCCCUGGUUUAGGAGGACCACAAGGACUCAAAGGGAACCGGGGAGAGAGGGGCAAGAAAGGCAACAGGGGGACCAAAGGGGAUAAGGGAGACCAAGGAGCACCUGGAUUAGAUGCCCCCUGUCCGUUGGGAGACGAUGGCUUACCUGUACCAGGAUGUUGGAAUAAAGGUCAACAUCCUUUCCAACUGGCUAAGAAGUAGGGCUACUAGACACCGUCUCCAUUACGCCAGACGAAGGAAACUUGAAGACAUUUGGAGAUAUCUUUGAGUUUUUACCAAAACCUGGAGUUGGCAUUUCAACGAUUUUCCAGGAUGCUGGACACAGGGUCAGUUACGUCGGAGGCUCCGGUGGCAGUGGUGAGCACAUUAACUUCAAUAAGACUGGGAAGUAGAGACAUUGCAUCCUCCUUUAGUUAGUUAUUGAAGGCUCUCUAGACAGGACAACCAUCACAGCCACAGGGAGACACUGUACCUACUCAUGUGUUUCCUUGACUGCAUACACUUUGAUCUAUUGACUUUGAACUCCUAGUGAAAGCGAGGCUUGGAGACUUUGGCACAUGCUAUUUGUUGUGUUUGAUGUGACAUCAAUACUGUAACUGUGAUAAAGAAUUCAAAGCAGCUCACAGAGCAGGUAGAUGCCAUGUCUUUCCAAGAAAAAACAAAGGGAAACCCUCUUGAUGAUUCCUUCUUGAUAUUAUCUGACUCACUGCCUUUUCAAAAAACCCUUUACAUGCAGCUAUGACAUUGUGUGAAUGAUUGUGCUGUAUAGGACAUACUUUGAAAACAGCAUCACACAUCAUGCCUGCACACAUAUAUGAUAAUAUUUAAUUUUUUUGUAUUGAGGUGUUAAAGGACACCAUGAAUUAAUGCUGUAAAAGUGUUGUACAAUAUAUGACGAAGGAUUGUAUGUAUAAAAGUACUUGGUCUUUGUAAAUAGAUUGCAUUGAUGAAACAUGAUUUUACGUACAGGUAGUAUCCAUAUGUUGAUUAUGUACAGAUGAUUGACAAUAGUGACUAUUCUCACAUUUGCAUGCUCCACAUAUCUAGUUUCUAUCACAUGCUGGAAAAUAUAUUG